CCCCUCCAUGAGACCGACACCUAAGCUUCCACCUCUCUGUCUGUCAAUCUUCGCCCUCUUCCACUUAGUCUCGCCCUUUCUGGUCUUCUUCCCCUCCAGACUCCAGUUGCUUCCACCUCCCCGAUCCUUUGUCAUUUCCCGUCGAUUUCAGCCGCCUCCAUCGCUUGCCUCGCUGGUCGCCUCCGCCUCUAAUCCCCACCCAUCUAAGAGCCAGUCCAUCCCUCCUCCUCCAACUUUCAUUCCCUCUCAGGUCCUAAAUUCCAAAUUGACUAGGCUGAACGACACAGGAGACCGAGCUAUUGCAGCGAAGAGAGAAAGAGGUAAAUCGAUCAUCUUAUUUGGGGGGAGGCGUGGCGGCUAGUGAAGGUAAAUAAGGAUAGCGGUGCGGGCGAAUUCGGCGGGUGGUGAUGAAGGCAGAGAUGGAAUGAGAUCUGUACAAUCUUUGUAAAUCUCGGCGUGGAUUGAAUGGUUCGUUGAUAUAUCGGAGAUAAAAACCCAUUUCUCGUUCUCUUCGUAGCUGCAACUGCACUUUGCUUGUGAUUGGUUUCCGAAGAUGGACGAGUUUGGUGUGUUGACUGAGCGAUUUGGGUUGAAGCCCCAGGGAAAAUCUGCUCCAAUGGCCGCAUCAAAACGACCCAAUAGUGCAACCGCUGCCCCAACACGGAAUUUGGCUUCCGGUUCGCCUGUCAAUUCCCAGUCAUCGCCCGCUUAUCCCUCCACUGCUGCGUACGGCACCAAUUCAUUUAAUGGGAUUUCUGUCGGUGGUAACGGGGACCUGUUCGGCAAUCAGAAAGCUCAGAGCUUUGGAGGUUCGACCGAUGGGUUCGAGGUUUUUGGUGGAUUUGACAAGGGAUCGAAGCAGAGUAACGGGAGUUCUUCUUUUGAUUACGAUUCGAUAUUUUCUGGGCACAAUCAUUCUAAUGCAAGAUCGUCACUUGACAAUGAUGAUAUAUUUGGUGGUGGGUUGAAGAGCUCCAAUGCUUCCAGUAAUGAUGACUUGUUUGGGUCGUUUGCUUCCAAUCAGAAGCAGAGUGUCCCUAUCGAUGAGUUGUUGGGGAAUUUCGGUUCGAAGCCUAGUCCUUCUCUGAAUAGGAAAGGAUCAUCCGGGUUUGAUGACUUGCUACCUGGGUUUAAUUCGAUCAAGACAUCAGAUAAAAGAGAAAAUACCAGAACUACUAAAUCAAGCUUCAACUCAGCAGAUGAUCCCUUUGUAGUCUUGGAAUCAUCUUCUUCAACCACCACAAAUUCCUCAUUUCUGGAUCCACUUGAGGAGUUUAGUAAGUUUGCCAGUUCUGGAGUUAGCAAUACAAAACCUGCUGGCCCUUCAAAUGUUUCCACAUCAUUGCGGCCCCCGCCAAAAUCUGGCCAAGUUCUGAAGUCAGUGAAAGUAAAAAAUUCACCUACAUCUUCAAUUGACGAGUUGGAAAACUUUGCCACCAGUAGAGUGCGAGCUACACCUAACAAGCAAUCAAAUGUCAAUCACUCCAGGGAAGGCAGAGCAAGAGAAAAUGCUAAAACAAGCAAAUUUAAAGAAGCAGAAAAGGAAAUGCCCCUGAAGAGUGUGGAUGAUCUAGAAUCCUUUUUUGGAACGAGUUCUAGAUCCAGCAGUGCACCAAAAUCAAGGACUGCUAAUUUGGAUCCUCUAUUUGAUGCGACCCUUAAUACCAGAGGUAAACCUCAAGUCUCCAAUGGAAGGGCUUCUGGUGUUUCUUCAUCUGGGUUGAAGAAGGCUUCUUCUGAAACUAAUAUGUUUGACGACUUCUCUUCGCUUUUUGGAGACGCCUCUUUCUCUGGAGAAUUUGAAGAAGUUGAAGGAGAAACUGAGGAGAGACGAAAAGCAAGGUUUGAACGUCACCAGAGGACACAUGACCGAGUGGCAAAGGCAGUUGCUGAUAUGAACCAGCGUGACUACCAAACUCAACGUGAACAAGAAGAGAGGCGGAUGAUUGCUGAGAAAAUGGAUCUUGAUAUAAAGAGGUGGGCUGCUGGGAAGGAAGGCAAUAUGCGGGCCCUGUUGUCAUCUUUGCAAUAUCUAGUUGUAAAGUUAACACGGGUUGGUCUCAAUGUGUCUAAACAUGUUAAAGAUGUGGAUCCUCAGGUGCUCUGGAAUGAAUGUGGUUGGGAACCCGUCUCUCUGACUGAUCUGAUUACAUCGUCCUCAGUCAAAAAAGUGUAUAGGAAAGCGACUUUGUGUGUGCAUCCUGACAAGGUUCAACAGAAAGGUGCAACUCUUGAACAGAAAUACAUUGCCGAGAAGGUCUUUGAUAUCCUCAAGGAAGCAUGGAACAAGUUCAACAAGGAGGAGCUAUCUUAACCUUCAGAAACCAACUUGUCAAUGAGUUCAAGACUCUACCGAGCUCCAAUUAGGAGGGAAGAAAAACGCACGAUUCCUUAGGAUAGUGCACAGUUGGCCGUGGUUGCCAAGGUGGAGGUGAAGAUGCCUAGAAGAGCAUAGAGAGAAGCUGGGUGUCUGAGUCUCCAUGGUGUGGAAGUUGAUGAUGAUGUCUUAUUACGAAAAAGUUUGCUAUGACAUCAUUUACGACGCGUUGCAUGUCAUGUGUACCAUUGCAUUGCCGACUUAUCAGUCAGGAACCUUGUUUGAGGGUUUUAACCAUUUGAGCUUCGUCUUCUGCGAAAUGACCAAGUGAUGUUGCAUGGCUUUUCGGUUGCUGACUGGGUAACAGGGGUCUUGGCAUAUGCUGUAAGAGUUAUACUUCAGUGUUUCUUUCUUCUUUGAUGAGUUCCUUGUAAAUGAAGUUAAAUAAUUCUAUGUUGUAAGAGUUAUACUUCACUGUUUCUUUAUUCUUUGACGAGUUCCUUUGAGAAAUAAUUCCACGAGCAAGUUUCUUUUGUUUGCAUAUCUACAAGAGAUUUCAUUUAUUAUCUUCAGUGUUG